AUGGAGUAUACUCAGUCCUACUUUUCAAUCUCUCCUGGCUCCGCCCUCGUGGCCUUGGUGACAGUCGUGUUUCUACUUUAUCGGGCAUGGCCUCAUUUAUACCAUCAUAAGGAGACCAGUAAGCUCGCUGAUCCUAUCGCGACGCAACAAGAAUCUGGCUUGGUCGUUUCAAAGGAGCCUGAAGUUCCAGAAGGAUGGUGGUCCGGCCGGGAUGUGUUUGAGCUCGAACGCCGCGCACUCUUCAGCCAAGCCUGGAUCUAUCUUGCGCACAUAUCCCAGUUCAACAAGCCUGGCGCCUAUCAAUCUUUUGACCUUGCAGGGUAUCCUAUCUUUCUGAUUCGAGGCAAGGAUGAUAAGAUCCGCGCUUUUCAUAACGUGUGUCGCCAUCGUGCCUACACUAUCACCAGGAAAGAAAGUGGCGCAUCGACUGUUCUUGGCUGUCGGUAUCAUGGAUGGAGCUACGAUACUACCGGCCGCCUAGUUAAGGCUCCUCAGUUCGAUGAUGUGCCUGGAUUUGAUAAGUCGCAGAAUAGUCUCUUUGAGAUUCAUGCGCGUAGCACAAACCAUGGUCUUGUCUUCGUUAAUCUCAAUGCCGGGGAGCCGGAGCCAUUUGAUGAGAUGAUUAUAUCGAGUUUGUAUACAUUUUCCUACACUUCUGGUUUGGAGGCGAACUCCAGUUGGGUGAGUGGACAAACUUUGACCGGGGAGUUUAAUUGGAAAGUAGGAACGGGAAAACGUCAGCUCAAUACGUUUACCAGAGAAUUGGGCCGUCAGGUAUCAGAAUUAUCUGGUCCUUCGCCUGUCCUGAAGGCUAUCAGAACCCUCAUGCAGAAGAGCACACGCACAGAGACAUCUUUGUUUCCAAGCACAUUUCUUUGUUCAUUUGAACAUACUGGUCUAUGUCUGGCUCUAUCCAUCUUUCCAGUUUCGGAGAAGAGGUCCAACAUCCGAUACGAUCUUUUCGCCCGUUCUGCUGUAAGCAAGACAGAGGUAGAAACCCUGUCCAAGGCUUCGUACGAUGUCACAGAGAAGCUGGUCCGAGAAUUUGAGGGCGAAUAUCAGGCUAUUUUGACAAAGCAUGGAAAUUCGAUUGAUGCGGAUUUAAGCAAGACAGACACUCGCCAGAUUUUGAGUCGGCUUCAGGAGCAUACAAAACUUGAAAAGAUCCAAGGUAGUCAGAUUCUACCAGCUACACGCAAACCCAAGGGUAGCACUUUGUUUCAACAGGCUGAACAAUUGUGUAAAGAGCUAGAUUGCGUUAGUCGUGGAUCGCAGGAUGGCAGUGCGUCGAAUUCACUGGAUUGGUAA